GCCGCGCUCCCUAUCCUCCGCUACUCGGCGGGGCUGCACCGCUGAUGCAAUGGUGGUGGGGCCGCGGGGGGAGAGGAGAGUUGGGAUAGGCCACCGGGAGGGCGCUGCUGAGGCUACUGGC